GGGUGCGAGGGGGUGCCAGUAGAAAGAGAUGCCAGCAUUCAGCACCACGGACAGCGCUCAGGUUAACAGGCCCGAGAAUCGAUAGCCGGGGCUACAGAGGAUUUUAACCGAGAGCUUGGAGCUCUGAGGCUGAGAUAACCUAUUGGAAGACCUGUUCGCUCCCACUGGAAGCGGCGGAGGAACUAACCGGGCCCGGGGUUUGAAUGCAGUAAUUCGUGGAGGACUGUGGGCAAUUUUAAAAUCUUCACUUGCCCAGGAAGUCCAAUCUUCCAUGGCAGGACAAAAGUCUUUUUGAAUCUUCAUGAACAAUGGCAUCAACGUGAAAGCCACUGCUCUGAUGGCAGAAAAGAAGGAUUGCUGACACAACAUAAUGGGAUUUUAUAUCAGUUCCAUGUCCGGUACUGAACUGAAAAACACCAGAUUCCAGCCAGGGACACUGCAGGAGCGGCAGUACCAAACAGCACCCAACUACAACUACAAAUGGACUGAUCUACACUGUGAAGCAAGCCGAGGGAACAUUGAGAGACUGCAGGCAUUACUUCGCAUAGCAGGUGAAGAUCAGAUCAAUCAGAAGGAUUACUAUGGCAAGAGCCCCCUCUACUGGGCUGCAUACAAAGGACAGCGAGCCUGCAUUGAGUUACUGCUGGAACAUGGUGCUGAUGCCAACAGCCAGUGUAAACAUGGAGCCACUCCUCUGCAUGCUGUUAUCGGUCUGUUUCCUGAUUGUGCUCUGCUUCUCAUACAGAAUGGAGCAGAUGUAGAUCUCCCUGACAACUGGGGUGUAACCCCUAUGUACUUGGCUGCCUGCAGUGGACAACUUGACUGUUUACGAUUGCUUGUCCUGUCUGGAGCAAAAAUCACUUACAGAAAUAAGAACACUGGAGAGGCCCCUAAGCAGCUGGCUUCCAAGACCACCUUCCUGUCCUGGAUCGAUGGAUAUCAGAAGAACCCACUAUCAUUGAAGCAAACCUGCCGGCUGAAAAUCCGUGAGUUGAUUGGCUAUCGGAAGCUCCACGCCAUCAGGACUCUUGACGUCCCUCAGUCACUGAAAAGUUACCUUAUGUUUGAGGACCUGACAUUGUGCAUUUCUGCAUCAGAAGUUAUUUCAGUGUAACCCUGUAGACCUCCCUUUUCAACAUCCAACAUUGUUUUGCACUUACAUCAGUGCCAGGUUCCAUGACCUUUUCAAGUGCCUGUUAUUCUUUUUCAAUGGUUUAUAGGCCAUGAGCUGAAUCCUGUUCAAAUGCUGCUGAGUAUGUUUCAAUUUCUUUCCUUUUGUUUGUUUGAAGGGUUAGUACAUUAUAAACAAUUUCUAAAUUGUUUCAAGCUGAAAAAUGCACACAAAACACAAUUAAGUCUUUUUUUCCUGAUUUAAUAAUAAUUUUGGGAAGCCCAUGAUAAAAAUAAAUCCUGGAACAGAAUAACCACAGAAUUUCAGUAAAUGGAAAUGAGGCAAGGAAUAUAUUUAAAGGCUGUUUAGUGAAUAAUUCACUUCCAUUGUAGCACCAUGCAGAUUCAGUGAGGACUGUCAGUCUUUUCCAAAUAAGCUAAUAGAGUGUCACCAGUUCGCUCAUGAAUACACUUUGACAGAUAGGAUUACAAAAUUGAAUAAAUAAGUUUUUAUUUAAAGUUGGAAUAAAUGUGUUUGGUUGGUUGACAUUCUCCCACUAACAACAGCUGAUGGGAAUACAUCCUCAGAAGCCAUGGUGAGGUCACAUUGCAUCACUUCAUUUGAUGGCCGAAUAAGCCAAUUCUGUAAAAUUAAAUUUUAUCACUGUUGCCAUACCUGAAGGUAUCCCUUACCAGUAGUGAAGGAUGCUUUCUGCCCAUGUCUUGUUUACACAGGACUAGUGUCCCAUCGGAGCUUCUGAAAUCACAUGUUGCAGGGUGGCAAAUCCCUGUCCAUAGCUGGUGUCUACAUUGACAGUCGAACGUCAGCUAGAGUUUUCCACUUGUGAUCAAGUAAAUGUGACAGCAUCAUUGAGUUCUUUGUGUUCCCUACUGGCCUCUUGGCAUGAGCUACCUCCUUGUGUAACAUCACUGUUGUGUAGUUCACAGUCACGCAAUCCAACCACAGAUAGAGAGGUGGUUGCAUGGUUAGCAUUGCUGCCUCACAGCACCAGGGACCCAGGUUCAAUCCCAGCCUUGGGU